AUGAUUUCCUUUUCGUCUAUUGCAGGAAUAUUUUCCUUUCAAUGUGAAAUAAAUUAUUUACCAUUACCAUGGAGAAAGACCAAAUUUACGGCUUUGUGCUCCAUUUGUAUUAAACCUGAGAAUGAUGAGUUCGUUUGCCAGAAAUGCAAUAAAUUUGCUGAAAUAAAAGAAUGUGAGCCGUGUCCUGAAUGUAAUCCUACAACUAUCGUGGCGAAAGAAUGUACAGAAGAGGUAACGCCCGAAACUCAAAGUCCCUCUACAUUUGAAUGUAAGCCCUGCCCUUACUGCAAUACUACUACUAUCGUGCUGAAAGAAUGUACAGAAGAGAUAACACCCGAGACUCGAAGUCCUUCUACAUUUGAGAGUGUAUCUUGUCCAGUAUGUGCUCCCACAGACACCGUACAUGUAACUGCGAACGUAAUUAUAGAAGAAGGAACUUCCAGAACCCAGGAUCAAAGCCCUUCUAGUUUCGAAUGUGCUUCGUGUCCAGAAUCUGGCUCUGCGUCUACUGAGGAGAGGACACUUGCAGAUGAGGGAACUUUUAAAUGGCAAAUACAAUCAAGUUCAGACUUCCUCGGAUAUAUUGGUGCUGCUGUACUGGGUGGAGCUUUCUUUGGGUCCUUCAUCACAGCAUUUGUUUUUAUUGUUCUUCGACGAAGAACAUCAAGACAGAAAAGAGAACCAACAUCGAAUGCACUCCACAAUUUAGCAGAGCGUGACAUUAAUCGCCAGUCGGUCCAAGAUCACGGCAACGAAAGUAGACGAGCAAGCCUCAAGACUAACAAUAAAACGGCAAAAGGCCCUGUGGAAACCACUGAGUUUAUUACAGAAGAAGAUGGAGUGUACAACCAUUUGAAUGCAUCAGAGACCGUUGAUAGAGAUGAGUACUAUGACCAUGCUACAGCAGGUGCCCAGAUUCACUCUGAAAACAAUGAUGAUUAUGAUCAUGCAGGGUCUUUAUUUCUUACAGUUUCAACAGUCGAUGAUUAUGUUGCCUGAAAACAAAGGAAGUAAUACAUGUUCGAUAAAUGUAUGAUUUGAAUAAGAUUUUAAAGGAAUAUUCUUUAAAUUAAUAAACAAUAUGUGAUAUAGAGAUUUUGUCACUAAGUAUUGUGUUUCAGUAUUAUUGUUUUUAUACUGUUUGACAUGAAAGAUAUUUCCACAACCACAUGCACAUUUUAUAUAUAUAUAAUAGAAAUUCUGUUAAUACAGGUAAUUAAAAAAUUUCAUUAAAAUAUUUUUACAAUGACCUCAAAUGAGUGUUAGAAAUGCAUAUAAGUUUUCAAUUAAAAGUAAAAGACUUUUCAUAAUUUUGAUAAAUUUCAACUUCCUGUGAUUUUGUGAUUUCAAACUGUAUUGUUUGGUACGAAACUGGUUUGUAUUAUUUCUCGCUAAACAGCCAUCAGAGGAAUAAGAAGUGCAGUACAACUCUGAUAGCGCACAUUAUGCAAAUUGUACAUUGUAAGUUAAUAUCUUAAACAUAUAGAUUUGCUCGUAAUAAUGAAAUAUGUUUGACAGGUUCAUUUAUUAUUGGCAAAAUUGAUAUUUUGUGCCACUCCAAAAUUAUUCGAAUUGUGCUAUAUGUGCAAAGGAACUUACUUCGUUACAUGUGCAUGUAUUAAGAACUAUCGGACAAUGCACUCUUUACUUUUCUUUUGAAGUUUAAUUUUUUUGUGACGCCAGCCAGAGUGCUUCUCAAUUUAUGUAUUAUUUAUCAGUGAAGAGUGAUAAGCCUUUGAGACAAAUCUUUAAUCUAGGUUUUAAUGUUUGUUGUGGUAGUGAUGGUUACAGAAAAGAAUUAGAGGUACUGUAAGCACUGAGCUCACUAAAUGAUACCCCAUUUCCCAUAUGAUUAUGAUUGCAAAGUACAUAAACAGGCUUUGCUCUAGGAAUGAAACCCGAAAUAAUUGUCAGAUCAAAAAUUUAAACGAAAUUCAAAGAAUUGUGGUCCCCCGCUUUCGGUGUCUUUUUGAAUGAGAUGCUAUUUUUUAUGACGUAUAUAUUGUAUCUAAUAUGAA